AUGUCAAAUGUUUCAGACAGGUGUUCAAUACAUCAAAAAGUGGGGAUUGCUGUCGAAUGCUUGAUAAGGGGUGAAUAUAAUUAUUCAAUUUUAUGCGAGAAUUGCCUAGCUGAGAGAGUUAACAAUAAACAAAUAUUUUUAUUGAAAGAUGCGAAAAUAGUGUUUGAUUAAUUUAGAUUAUAGUGUUAAAGUGAAUUUGAAGGGGAGUAAAAUGAGAAAAUAAGUUUCUAUAAAAAUCUGCAAGCUAUUGUAUAGAAAUUGUAGAAUCAUUUUUUAGAAAUAUUUGAUUAGAUAAACAAUUAAAUAAAUGAAUAACUAGAAUUUAUCACUUAAAUUUUAAGUUAGGGAUAAUUUUAAAAUGUAAACUAAGAAAAUUAGAAUUUUAAUCUUAAUAUUAGAGACUUUGGAGAAUAGUUAAUUGAAGAAUUAACAAAAUUUGAAAAAAUUAAGAAGAUAGGUUAAAAGUAAAAUGUAAUCGAUUUUCAGAAUAAAAUAUAAUAUGAAAUAUUGAGACUACAAUAAAGUGAUGUAUUAAAUGAGUGUCUUGAAUUAUUAAUAUCUGGGGAUGAAGGGAUGUAAAUUAAAUUAAAGAAUCAAAAUGAUAGGGUUAUGUAAUAUCAAACUUUUUAAGUAAGAAUAUAUUAAUAUAUUGUUAAAAGAGAACUCCAAAGUUAGAUUUAAUUUGUAAUGAACAUGACAAAGAAAUAAUAUUAUUUGAUUUAAGUGUAUAGUAGUAAAGAGAGAAUCGAGCAAAAUGCGUUGAAUGUGACCCGUGCAUGUAUACUUCAUUAUCAAAGUGUCAGAAUAUGUGGAAAAACUAUGAAAAACAACAAUAAGAAAUAUUAUUAGAAUUUUAUUCAUCCAGAAAAUCAUAAAUUGGAAGUAUCAAGCAAUAGCUUCUUUAAUUGAGAAGUUCUUUUACAGAAAAAAUCAAUGAAAUUAUAUAAUAAUUAAAUGGAAUUAUGUCUUAGACUGAAUAGGAGGUGUUUAAAAUGAUAAAUAGUAUGAAUAAAGAUUGGAACAUUAUGACUUUGGAUGAAGUCUUGGAUAUAGCUGAUAUAUUGAGUAAGCCAGAAUUGAUGAAGAUUUAUUUGAAGGAGAUGGAAAUCAAAUUUAAAAUGAAAAAUUUAAAUAUUGAUAGCAUAUUCUAAAAUAGUAUUGAAGGAUUAUAAGAAAUUUAUAAUCAAAUAACCUUAUUAAAAUUAUGUGUUAUUCUUGAAUAGAGCAGAGAUACGAAUAAUUAUGAAACACCAUAAAAAUAUGAUAGAAAGCAAAGUUCAAAUAGUAUGCAUAGUGAUAAUCAUUCUGUUGAAAUAAAUACAUCAAAAUCAAAUUAGAAAAUAAUGAAAAUUAAUAAUAAAAUUAAAUCAUUAGAAGAAUGGCGAAUUCAAUAAUUAAAAUGGUCAAAUGCAUAUAUAGAUUAUUAAUUAUUUUAUACUAAAAAAUAAGCAGAAUGGUGCAAUGCUAUAGCAUUUAAUAAAGAAGGAAAUAUUAUGAUAGCUGGGUGUAUAUUUUCAAUUAAAGUAUUUGAUUUUUCAAAAGGAAGAAUAGUACAAACAUAUUAAGCAAAAUAACAUUAAGGAGAUAUCAAUUGCUUAUUGUUUAGUAAAAAACUCAAUCAAUUUAUCUCUGGAAGUGAUGAUAAAACCAUUAGAAUUUGGAAAUAAAUUGAUAAGAAUGAAUGGAAAUGUAUAUAGGUGUUACAAGGACAUGAAGAUUGGGUAUUGUGCUUAAUCUUAACUGAGAAUGAGAAGAUACUUUUUUCAGGCAGUAGAGAUAAAACUAUAAAGAAAUGGACUAAAAAUGUAGAUAAUUAACAAUAUGAAUGUACGUAAACUUUAGAUCUCCAUACAGAUGCAGUGUUAGGAUUAUCAAUAAAUAAAUCUGAAUAAUUUUUGGUAUCUUCUAGUUAUGAUAAAUCUAUUAUAAUUUGGGAAAUUAAUGAAUCAUUACAAAUUGAAAAAAAAUAAAUCAUCUAAAAGGAAACCUAUGGCAAUAGAAUUCUUUUUAUUAAUGAAGCAUAAUUUUUAUGGUAACCAAACAAUAAUGAAAUUGUAGAUAUAUAUUAAUUCAAUAGUCAAUCAUCAUCCUUUGAGUCUUCUUAACAUAAUAUUUAGUAAUACCAAGCUGAUGAUGAUUAUUAAUAUUUUCCAUCUAAAUUUUUAACAUCAAAAGGCUUAUUUGCUAAUAUUCAUAAUAAAUUUAUCUAUAUUACUAAAUAAUUAAAUGAGAACGAAUUUCAGGUAAUCUAAAUAAUAGAAUUUGAUGAUUAUCGCAAAUUUGGAGCAUUUACUGAAGAUGGAGAGUAUUUAGUAACAUGGCAUUACGCAACUUGUGAAUUUUAAAUUAGAAAAAAUGUUGGAACUUCAAGAAUUUAAUGGUGA